CAUAUUAUUUCGUAUGCGUGACAAAAUGUGCUGCUACCUGUGAUAUUAAGUUAUUAUUGUAUUAAUUAAUAUUAUUUUAAAUUAAUAAUUUCAAAAAUGUUAAACAAUAGUGAUUUACCGCCUAAACAGGGGAAAACAACAAUGCAAUGGAUAAUAGCAAUAUUAGUCAAUACAACAUUGCUCACGUACGGAAUGCAAGCCGGCUGGAUCUCGCCCAUGACAAGAGUGUUACAGUCGAAAACAUCGUUAGUGGUUCAGCAACCAAUAUCCGAUGCCAGUUUAACGUGGAUUGCAAGUAUAAUGCCCAUAAUGGCGGUCUUCGGAGUACCUCUGUAUACAUAUUUGGCGGACAAGUAUGGGAGGAGAAUAGGAGUACUGGCAAUAGCUGUGCCGCAAGCUAUAUGUUGGAUAAUAAAAAUGGUAACAACAAGCGUACCUGGUCUCCUCAUAGCCAGAAUCUGUGCUGGUGUAGCGGCUGGGGGCUGUUUCUGCAUCACUCCCAUGUACGUGAAAGAACUCAGCCAGGACAACAUAAGAGGCCUGCUGGUAUCUCUAAUGGGGCUGAAUCAGAAUUUGGGGUUUCUAUUCAUGUAUGCUAUGGGCGCAUUUUUGGAUUACUACACGGUGUUAUGGAUCGCGGUGUGGUUGCCUUUAGUGCUGAUAGCGUUGCUUAUAAAGAUUCCAGAGUCUCCUGCUUUUCUGGUGAAAUUGGGGAAAUAUGAGGCGGCUGCGUCGACCGUUGCCUUGCUUCGAGGGUGGAAGCCGGAUGAUAAAGAAGUGGUCCACGAAAUUGACAGCAUGAAGACUGAGGACACAUACUUCAAAACGUUGCCUCAUAUCUCAUUUAUCAGCAUUUUAAAGAACAAGCCAUGGCGCAAGGGGCUGCUGAUGAUCAUGACGGUCAUUACUUGUCAAGCGUUCAACGGAUCCUUCGCCAUCGUGACAUACGCGUCCACCAUCUUGGUCACCUCGGGAGUCACCAUCAGCCCUGAUGUUCAGACGCUCAGCAUACCAGCAGUGAUGAUUGUCGGCUCAGCUAUUUCCAUAGUGUGUGUGGAGAGAAUGGGAAGGAAGGUAAUGCUGUCAUCAGCUUUCGGAAUAACAGUUGUAUCGCUCCUGUGUCUCGCGUCGAUAAUGCUGGUGCAGCACCAGGGCGGCAGCGUUCCAGGGUGGUUGCCUGUGUUCGCGAUAGUGGCCGCUGUGUGGGCGUACGCUGCAGGCGUCGCGCCCAUUCCCUACGUCGUUAUGGCUGAAAUGUUCAAUUUUCAAAUACGAGCAAAAGUAUUGGGCUGUCUAGUGACAUACGCGUGGUUUAUUUCCUUCGUACAGUUGUUUGCUUUCACACCGAUCUCAAAUGCGCUCGGAACGUACACUAUGUUUUAUUGCUUCGCCGGAACCAACCUCCUUGGCGUCGUUAUUGCCCUGGUACUUCUGCCCGAGACGAAAGGGAAAACUGUUGACGAGAUCACGUUGAUUUUGUUUAAAUCUAUUGUAUUAUAUUGUUUAAUGCAAAAGAAAAUGGGUGAUAAAAAAAGUGAAUCAUGUAUAACGAGUAAAAAUAAAGAUGGACAUACAUAUAUGCAAUGGUUGGUCGCAAUAAUAGUAAACACAGCUCUAUUGAACUAUGGGCUUCAAAUCGCUUGGAUUUCUCCCAUGACAAAAGUGUUGCAAUCGGAGACAUCAUCAGUAGUUGCCAAACCGAUCUCUGAUGAGAACUGGUCGUGGAUCGCGAGUGUGGUGCCGAUGAUGGCUGUGCUCGGAGUCCCUUUCUACACCUACUUAUCUGACAAGUAUGGCAGAAAAGUGGGAGUUGUAGCAAUUGCUGUGCCACAAGCUUUAUGCUGGAUAAUAAAACUACUAACAACGACCGUGCCAGGUCUUCUAACGGCAAGAAUUUGUGCUGGCAUCGCUGCUGGGGGCUGUUUUACCGUUAUACCCAUGUAUAUAAAAGAGCUAAGCCAGGACAACAUAAGAGGUCUGCUGGUAUCUCUCGUUGGACUGAAUCAAAACCUUGGAUAUAUUAUAAUGUACGCAAUGGGAGCAUAUUUAGAAUACUAUACCGUAUUGUGGAUUGUGGUGUGGUUGCCGCUGGUUUUAAUAUUGUUUCUAAUGAAAGCUCCCGAGUCUCCUGCGUUCCUAGUAAAGAUUGGGAAAUAUGAGGCAGCUGCGUCGACUAUUGCUUUCCUUCGAGGACGGGAGCCGACCGACAAAGAAGUUGUCAACGAGAUCACGUACAUGAGAAACGAGGAUAUGUACUUCAAGUCAUUACCACCCAUAACGUUUUUAUGUAUCUUUAAAAACAAACCGUGGCGCAAAGGCAUAUUCCUGCUCAUCCUUUUGGGUGGCAUCCAAGCGUGUAACGGGUGCUUCGCCAUUAUUACGUACAUAUCCAGCAUCCUUGGUUCGUCCGGAGUCACUAUCAGUGUAGAGCUGCAAUCACUGAGUAUACCGGCCUUCAUGAUAUUGGGUUCUAUUGUAACCAUACUCACCGUAGACAGAUUAGGAAGAAAGCCAUUAUUAGUGAUAACGUACGCCAUAACAGUAGCGUCGUUCUUAUGCCUCGCUUCUAUAAUGCUGGUGCAACACCAGGGCGGCAGCGUUCCGGGGUGGUUGCCAGUGCUUGCGAUAGUGACAGCGAUGUGGGCGUACGCGACAGGAGUGACCUCUGUUCCCGGUGUCAUUAUGGCGGAAAUGUUUAAUUUUCAGAUUCGCGCAAAAGUGGUAGGCCUCGUGACAAUGAGCGCUUGGUCGGUUACCUUUCUCGGCGUGUUUGCUUACACGCCUAUUUCGAACAUUGUCGGAAUGUACGCCACCUUCUAUGGCUUCGCUGGUGUCAACCUUCUGGGAUUCUUUGUUUGCCUGGUACUCGUGCCAGAGACUAAAGGGAAAACGGUAGAAGAAAUCGAGUUGAUGUUAUCGGGAGGAGAUAUGAUUGAAUCUAAAAAUGAAAAAAGAGACUCGUUAAUAUAAUUAAUAAAAUCUA